GCCUUAAAGAAUUAUGUUGAAUUCAACUUCAUCAACUUUGUCUUAUUUAGUUCUUGGGGCUUAUUUGCAUGUUGGAAAUUUGAAAUACAUAUAUUUUAUGAUCACUGCAAUGUUGUACCUUCUUAUUGUUAUUGUCAACACUUCUCUGAUUGUGGUUAUCUGUGUGAACAGAAGCUUACAUGAACCUAUGUACAUUUUUCUGUGCAGCCUGUUUGUAAAUGAACUGUAUGGUAGUACAGGGUUGUUUCCAUUCCUUCUGGUUCAGAUCCUCUCUGACAUUCAUACUGUUUCUGCUUCUUUUUGUUUCCUGCAGAUAUUCUGUUUGCAUACAUAUGUAAAUAUUGAGUUUUGUAACUUAGCCAUCAUGUCUUAUGACAGAUAUCUUGCUAUCUGUUUUCCUCUACAAUAUAACACACGUAUGACAUUUAACAAAGCAAUUAUCUUUAUUAUUGUUGUCUGGUUGUACUCUUUUCUGAAGUUCCUGAUUCCUCUAUCCUUAAACAUCCGUUUGACACGUUGUGGAAACAUCAUAAACGGUUUAUUUUGCCGUAACUACCUUGUUGUUAACUUGGCCUGUUCUGACAUCAAAUUGAAUAAUAUCUAUGGACUCUUUGGUACUGCUGUCACAAUCUUAGUCCCUCUGCUUACAAUCCUUUUUUCUUAUGUUAAAAUUUUCAAAGUGUGUUUUUCUGGCUCCAAACAGACAAGACAGAAAGCUGUCAGUACCUGCACACCUCACAUCGCUUCUCUGCUCAACUUUUCUUGUGCUGGCAGUUUUGAAAUCAUUCAGACUAGAUUUGAUAUGAGCAGUGUACCCAGUGAGCUGCGUAUUAUUCUGUCUCUGUAUUUUGUCAUCAUACCACUACUUUUGAAUCCUGUCAUGUUUGGUUUGCAAAUGUCAAAAAUUCUGAACACAUUUAAACAUUACCAGUGCCAUCGCAGUCAACGGUUGCCUACCAGCGCCAUUGCUGAUACUGUUGCCGUUGUCAGUACCGGUACCAGUGCCGGUAUCGUUGUGGAUAGGAGAGCCGACCAGCCUCCAGAUCUCGUUGGAGCUCUGAAGGCUGAUUGGCCACAUGGCACACAGAGCACAUGGCACACAGAGCACAGUGUUAUGAGCUUGUGUGUGGAAGGGGGCGUGGCUGGCUCCUCCUGUUGGCAGCAGUGGCACACCUGCAUCCACUCAGCUCAUUUUCCCCAGUACUUAAGCCUGGUCUUCCCUCCAGAUCACUGCCAGAUUAUUCCUUUGCUUCCCGGCAUGCUGUCCCCCUGCAAUAUGACUACAGAGGCCCCAACUGCCAAAGUUGCCAUGGACAAGCUGAGAGGGGAAAGGGACAAGUGGAAAGCACGUGCUGAGUUCCUGGAGGAAAAACUUUUAGAUGUCACUACAGAACGUGACAUUUGCAGGUCUCAACUCUCAGGUGGUGAGAUUCUAGGCUACAUUCAGGAUAUGAUGGGUGUGCACUCUUUGGCGAGUCUCAAGGAGGCUAAACAGUCUCCAAGAGAUGAUAGUGAUGAUGAAGAGGUGCAGAUGCAGCAUGACAAUGAAAACAAUAGUGAAAAAGAUGACUCUGAGUCCAGCUCUGAUUCUGUGAUGAAAGAGGAAGACGAAAGGGAAGACAAAGAAGAGUGGGAAGAGUGGGAAGAAGAAAAGGAAGAAAGAGAAAAAGGCAAAGAGAUCCAAACAUCACUUUCGCCAGCGGGGUAUGUGAGGGGUAUUUCUUGA